CUAGAAAACAAUGUCAAAUGUGUCGUUCUUGUAUUUCCUCCUCUCCAGUGGGUGGCGAUAGUGCUCCCUCUCAAAUAGACAACUUGAAAGCGAAGAAACACUGUAGGAACAGCGCUGAUUUUACAGUCUAUGGAACAGAGUAAAGAGGUAUGGCUGAGGUGCAGAUUCGUCUCUACCGGGAGGAAGAUCAUGAAGAAGUGAAGGAGGUUUUUACUCUUGGGAUGAGCGAGCACAUCCCAUCGUCCUGCAUGCACGUUCUCAAACAGCCCCUAGUGCAGAUGUUUCUGGGAUGUGUGUUUUGUGCUUUACUGACCAGCUCAAAGUCCAUCCUGUUGCCUGUACUAGCAAUCACGCUGCUUUUGGCCGCAGGCAGGCAAAGUGUGAAUUACAUUUUUACUAAGUACAUCCAGGUAUGUCUUGAGAAAGAUCUUAAUCACAUUCAGCAGACCUACCUGGAUCCACCCCUCGCCUGCUUCUGGGUGGCUGAGAGCCAGGGUCGUGUCGUGGGCACCGUAGCGUGUCUGCCUGCAGAGACAGACCAGAACUUCCUGGAACUGAAGCGGAUGGCUGUUAAAAGGACUCACCGUGGACAAGGCAUUGCUAAAGCACUGUGCCGUACGGUGGCUGACUUCGCUUUUGAACGUGGUUUUCGAGGAGUACUGCUUUACACUUCGGUGGUCCAGACAGAUGCUCAGAAGCUCUAUGAGCACAUGGGCUACCAGAAGCUCAGAGAAUUUAGUGUUCCUGAGACAAUCGCCAAGCUGACUAAUUUCACAUUGAUGGAGUACCGGCUCAUCCUCAAACAACAUCACAACUGAGGUUGAGAUCUCCAAGCAAAACCACCAAGGCUUUUUAACACUGGUUCAGAUGACUAAUGAAGCACACCACUACCAUCGUUUGUCUGUUUCUUCUUUAAAUCAUCAACCUUGGAAAAAAAGGAUCCAUUCUUUUAUAUGUAUAUAUGUAUAUGUCUGUGUUUUUAUAAACUUCAUAUAUAUAUAAAAAAUGUGUGUUUUUAUACAUUGUGAAUAAAAGCCUAAAUUCAUCA